AUGUCCGGAUCAGGAAUCAAGACCGUAUUUGGCGGAGGCAGCGUCGGCUUUGGCGUCUUCAAGACUGCAGAGGAGUGCCAGGAUGUCUUCAAGAUUCUCAAGGAACACGGUGUCGAGACUAUCGACACCGCUCAACUCUACGGCGACUCUGAGAAGAUCCUCGGAGAAGCAAAGGCCGGUGACCAGUUUAUCAUCGACACAAAGACUCCUGGUGGUUUCGGAUCACAGGCCCACACCAAGGACGAAAUCAUCAAGAACGGCCACGAAAGCUCGAAGAAGCUUGGAGCUCUCGAUGUCUUCUAUAUCCACGCACCAUCCAAGAGUGAACCCAAUGGCGACGUCCUCUCGGCAGUGAACGAGCUCUACAAAGCUGGCAUCUUCAAGAGACUCGGCCUUUCCAACUUUUUAGCUAGUGACGUCCAGGCUGUUUACGAAUACUGCGAGAAGAACGACUUUGUGAAACCCUCGGUCUAUCAAGGCAACUAUUCACCAGUAGCUCGUCGCCAGGACACCGAACUCCUGCCCACCCUCCGCAAGCUUGGCAUCUCUUUCUACGCCUACAGUCCAUUGGCCGGCGGCUUCCUCACCAAAACAAAGCAAGAUGUCCUCGAUGGCAAGGGCAGAUUCUCCAAGGAAGGAAUUGGCGCUCUCUACAGCGGCAUGUACGCCAAACCCGAGCUCCUAGAAUCUCUCACAGAAUGGGAGAAGAUCGCCCGCGACGCAGAUAUCUCGCGUGCUGAGUUGGCAUACCGCUGGGUCAAGUACAACUCUGCUUUGAAGGCCGAGCAUGGCGAUGGAAUCAUUGUUGGCACAAGCAGCCUCAAGCAGUUGAAACAGACGCUGGAGGGUCUUGAUCGUGGACCGUUGCCUGCUCAGGUUGUUGAGAAGAUUGAUGCUCUGUGGGAAACCAUCAAACAUGUUGCACCGCUCGACAACUAUGCUGAUGGUGUUGGAAAGACCAAGUAG